CCAACCUCUACACUACCACCAUGUCUGCCCAAGAGAAAUACAUCGCCCUCACCCAAACCAAGGGCAAAGCCGACCCCUCCACGCUAUACGCCAUCUUCGACCAACUCGACCCCAUCAAACCCGAGCAACUGCUUGGUGAAUGGAGCGGCGGCUUCUUCGACACCGGCCACCCCAUCGCCAACACCCUGAACGAGAUCAAGUGGGUGGAAAAGGUCUUCAAGACCGUCGACCUUGUUGAUCCUGUUAUUGUCGAGCGGGACGGAAAGAGAGUCAGCUGGGGACAGUGGGGGAUUGCCAGUUUGAAAGAGAUGGUACAUCGGGGUAAAGUGUCGACGACGAUGAUCUAUGAUGAUCGGCCAGUGUUUGACCACUUUCGCUCUGUGAAUGACAAUCUGGUGGCUGGGAUCAUGGAGGGCAGAGAGUUGGCCAAGGACGGGGAUUUUUUCUUUUACUUGAAGAGAUAGUUAUGGUGCAGUCUUAGCAUAACCCCAAUGAUACUUGAUGAGUACCUUG